AGAAGAGCGUGCUAUCCUGUCCGGGAACUCGGGUAAGGCGUGCGCUAUCCUGUGCGGUUUGGGAGCGAGAGAGGAAGAGGACGAAGGCGAGGAUGGCUGGGGUGGCGGCGCUGCAGGGCGCCAUGGCGUCGCUCUCCGUCUCCGCGCCAGGCGCGGCGAGCACCAGCACCUUCUGGGGCAACCCGCUCUCGACCUACUCGGCGCCGCAGCCGGGGAUAAGAUUUAUGAUCAAGACAUGUCCAAUUGAAAUGAGACUUAAGAGAUGGGAACGAAAGAAGUGUAAACCGAACAGCCUUCCUGUGCUGCACAAGAUGCAUGUUAGGAUUGGGGAUACAGUACAAGUCAUCGCAGGCCGUGAGAAAGGUAAGGUUGGAGAAAUUGCACGCCUUUUCAAGCACAACAGCACUGUGAUAGUGAAGGACCUGAACUUGAAGUCGAAGCACAAGAAAGGCACAGAAGAUGAACCGGGCGAAAUUGUCAUGAUUGAAGGUCCCAUUCAUAGCUCAAAUGUGAUGCUCUACUCGAAGGAGAAGAAUGUGGCAAGCAGGGUUGGCAAUAAAUUCCUUGAGGAUGGGACCAAGGUCCGGUACCUGAUCAAGACCGGUGAAGUAAUCGACAGUGUUGAGAACUGGGUAAAGGUGUUCAAGGAAGGAAAUUCGGAGUAACCAUGUUAGUAUGAAAAGACUGCGCAUGCUCAGAACCCAGGCUGCUUCUUGCAUGCCGAAAUGAGUUUUAUGCUUAUUCCUCUGCUGCUGUUGCUUGUGUUUCUUAGCUUCGGAAUCUCGGAUUGCUUUCGUUGUAAAUUAUACAGCUAUCACCAUUUUUGCAAAGUGUCACACCCCGGAAACCGUAAUCCGUCAUUAAGUAUGUAUAUGUAUCAUAACGCUGUGCUUAGUGUAAUUACCCAUAUGUGUUUUCACCA